AUGUUAUCUAAAACAAAUACGUUGAUAGAUAUUAUUGGGGUUAUUAAUCAUUUGGGAUUCAUAAAAACAUCCUUAACAAAUGAUGGAGUAGAGUUAAAAAGAAAGGAAAUUGAGAUUGUUGAUGAUACAUAUUCAAAGAUAUCAUUGGUAUUAUGGAAGUCAGAUCAAAUCGAUAAUUUUGAAGGUGAAGAAAACGACAUAAUUGUUUUAAAAAAUAUAAAAGUUACAGAUUAUUAUGGAAUAAAAAAUAUUAUUGCAGUAAUUGAUGACAUUCAGGAAAUUAAAAAAAUAUCUGCUUCAAAUGGUGAAACAUAUAAAAAACAAGAAAUAUAUUUGGUUGAUGAAGGAUUAAAAACAAUUGUACUAAAUUUGUGGAAUGAAAAUAUUGAUAAAUUCAGAGGAAAAAAAAACGAUAUUAUGAGUAUCACAAACGUCAAAAUUGGAGAAUAUUUAAAUAAUAAAAAUUUAGUUCUAAUAAAUGCAUCACAAAUAAUAACUCUAACAUUAUGGAAUGAAUAUGCCAAUAAUUUUGUAGGUAAAAAAAAUACCAAAAUAACUUUACAAAAUAGUAAAAUCAAUGACUACAAAAAUGAAAGAUAUUCAACUUUAAAUCAAAGAUCAAUAGUUUCAUACAACGUAGAUAAAACAACUGACAAAAAAUUUGAAGAAUGGUUCAAUGUAACAUAUAAAGAUGCAGAUGAAUAUAACCAACCAGGACCUUCUGGCAUGAAAUAUUAA